GAGUUUUUCACUUUUCAAGUGUCAGUGGGCCGAUAUUCGAAGAGGUGUUCAGCGUGAUCAAACAGGAGUGACAUUAGUGGAUUUUACUCGACCCGGAUAUCGUGAUGAUCCGUUUAUACUUGCAUCCCAAGCUGAACAAGUUUUUUAUGUAGAGGAUCCCUCAAACAAACGAUGGUCAGUUGUUUUACCAGGUAAGAAAAAAUUAAAUGUGGAUGAUUGUGACGUUGGAGAAGAUGAUUAUAUUGAAGAUAUGCCGUCAUUGUCCACUGGCAUGCAUGACAGAAAUGCAACAAUCGAUUACAAUGAAGAUGAUCUUUCAUUUGUUGGAAAUCAUAACGAUGGCAUAGAAAUUUUCUUCAAAAAGUCAAAGUGAUAUCAUGAGUGAAUUGAGCUACACACUAUGAGUGAUAGUGAUGGAGAUGAGUUUAUUCUCAAUGAGGAACCUCAUGUUACGGCGGAGGAACAUAGUAGCAGUGGGCGCAGAACUAGCGACGGGAAAAAAAUAGUUGAUUUUGAUAAAAAUGGUCAGCCAGUUGGUGCGUGGGCGGAGAAGUUCAAAUCUUUUGUGGGCAAGAUAGUACGUGCUCGGGUAAACAUCAACAUUGAAAGUUGGAAACAUGUCCCCGAAUCCCUAAAAUUGCAGAUGUGGAAAGAGAUCCAG